AGCCCUCAGAAGGCGGCAGCAGGAGUCUGCACAUGCUCAGAGGCCCAGGCCUGCUCCCGCCUCCCCGGAUUCUCUCCGGGCUGUUGCAGGUGCUGAGCGGGCCUGGGCCAACCCCCUCCCCACCGCUCCGCGCACGCCUCGGCGCCCCCCUGGCUGCCUUUCCCGGAGGAAGGCCGAGAACUACAGGGCCCAGCAUGCACCAGCCCCGGCGCGCGCCGGCCCCCCCGGCCCCCCUCGCACCAGCUGACAGCUCCAGCCGCGGCUGCUCCGGCAAUGGAUGGAGCCCAUUGGCAUAAGCCGAGGAGCCCGGUCCGCAGCGGGGCGGGGGCGCUGAGCGGCAGCGGCAGCGGGGGUGGGCAAUCCGUCCGCGCGCCCCUCUGCAGGAUGCGGCUGGAGCGAGAGGGGGGCGGCGGCGGAGGCGAUCGUCGCGGCCAGGCGGGCGCCCCCUCGGCGAUGAUCCCUGCUAGGCACGCCGGCGGCAAGGAGGGCAGCAGUCGGGGAGCCCCGAGCAGGGGAGGCGGCGGCGGCGGCUGCUGAGCCGGCACUGGAGGCAUCCGCUGCAGGGCUGGGCGCCUCCUCCUUCCGGGGGGCUCUGGAGGAACUGCCGCUGCUGCUGAAAGAGGACAGGUGAGCGGCGCGGGGCAGGGUGUUUUCGGCACCGCCAGCAGGCAGCUGACAGGCUCUGCGAGAGUCCAGGCGGCGGAAGAGACCCCAGAGACGCGCUCGUCCGCCAGCGGGGCGCUUGGCCAAAGAGCCUGGCCCAGCCGGGAUGGCAGGAACCCAGGAGGUGGCAGCUGCCACCCGCGUGCUGCACAGUGGAGGGCCUGGAGACUGGGCCCGCUUGGCCGGCCCGCUUGGGGUCGGCCAGGUGGCCCCGUGAGGCAUGCAGGGCCGUGACCAGCGGCAGGGAUCGGGGCCCACGGCGGCCGCUGUGGACUCCAUGGAGCAGGCCAGCAAAGAGCAAGGAGGCGGCGGGGGGCUCUGGGACGCCUGCCUGCCGACCCCCCACCCGUUCUGGACGGCCGUCUUCGACUACGAGGCGGCCACCGAGGAGGAACUGACCUUGCGCCGGGGAGACCUGGUGGAAGUGCUGUCCAAGGACUCCACGGUCUCUGGGGACGAGGGCUGGUGGACAGGCCAGCUGCAGGAGAAGGUGGGCAUCUUCCCCAGCAACUACGUGGCCAGCAACCCGGCCUACAGCCCCCUGACCUGCCCUCCCCCGCUGGAGAUCUCCUUCCAGGAGCUGCAGCUGGACGAGAUCAUCGGCGUGGGGGGCUUUGGGAAGGUCUACAAGGGGGUCUGGCGCAGGGAGGAGGUGGCCGUGAAGGCCGCACGCCAAGACCCCGACGAGGACAUCGCCGUGACGGCAGAGAACGUGCGGCAGGAAGCCCGCCUCUUCGCCAUGCUGCGCCACCCCAACAUCAUUGCCCUGAAGGCCAUGUGCCUCAGCCCCCCCCACCUGUGCCUGGUGAUGGAGUACGCCCGCGGGGGGGCGCUCAACCGGGCCCUGGCGGGCAAGAAGGUCCCCCCCCACGUGCUGGUGAACUGGGCCGUCCAGAUUGCCCGGGGCAUGAACUACCUCCACAACGAGGCCAUCGUGCCAAUUAUCCACCGGGACCUCAAGUCCAUCAACAUUCUCAUCCUGGAGCGCAUCGAGAACAACGAGGACUUGAGUGGGCGGACCCUCAAGAUCACGGACUUCGGCCUGGCGCGCGAGUGGCACAAGACCACCAAGAUGAGCGCAGCGGGGACCUACGCCUGGAUGGCUCCCGAGGUGAUCAAGCUCUCCCUCUUCUCCAAGAGCAGCGACGUUUGGAGCUUUGGGGUGCUGCUGUGGGAGCUGCUGACUGGCGAGGUCCCCUACCGUGAGAUCGAUGUCCUUGCGGUGGCCUAUGGCGUGGCCAUGAACAAGCUGACGCUGCCGAUCCCCUCCACCUGCCCUGAGCCCUUCGCCCGGCUGCUGGAGGGGUGCUGGAGCCCGGACCCCCACGCCCGCCCAGGCUUCGGCUCCAUCCUGCAGCAGCUGGUGGCCAUUGAGCAGUCGGCCAUGUUCCAGAUGCCCCUGGAGUCCUUCCACUCCUUGCAGCAGGACUGGAGAGUGGAGAUUGCCGGGAUGUUUCAGGAGCUGCGCACCAAGGAGAAAGAGCUGCGGAGCCGGGAGCAGGAGCUGCUGCGGGCCGCCCAGGAGCAGAAGACGCAGGAGGCGGAGCUGCGCCGGCGGGAGCAGGAGCUGGCCGAGCGGGAGAUCGACAUGGUGGAGCGGGAGCUCCACCUCAUCAUGCUGCAGAUGGGCCAGGAGAAGCCCCGGGUCAAGAAGCGGAAGGGGCACUUCCGGUCCUCCCGCCUCAAGCUCCGGGACAGCCACCGGAUCAGCCUCCCGUCUGGGUUUGAGCACAAGAUCACAGUGCAGGCAUCACCCACACUCGACCGGCGGAAAGGGCUGGGGGCCAACGGAGCCAGCCCCCCCGGCAGCCCCAUCAUCAUUCCACGGCUGCGUGCCAUCCGCUUGACACCCUUGGACGGAAGCCAGACUUGGGGCCGCAGCAGCCUGGCCAAGAAGGAGGAGCUGGUGGGGGCCAAGAAGAAAGGCCGGACAUGGGGGCCAAGUUCGACCCUCCAUAAGGAGAGACUUGGUGGGGAGGAGAGGCUGAAGUCCCUGGCUGAGGGAAGCAAGCAGUGGUCAUCUAGUGCCCCCAACCUGGGCAAGUCGCCUAAGCACUUUCCCCUGGCGGUGGGCUUCGCCAGCCUCACGGAGAUGGAGGAGUAUACCGAGAAGGAAAGCGGCACGCCUCACUCGCCCUACCUCCCCCUCUCGCCACUGGGAGCCGAAGCGGAUGCCCAGCUGCACCCACAGCCGCCCAGUUUGGAGGGGCCCAAGCGGGGGGCAGCAGCCCCCUCCCACCGCCGCAGUGAGCUGGUCCUCCUGGGCUGCACUUCCGUCCUGGCCUCCGUCGCACUGGGGGCUGACCUGGCCGAGCUGGCAGGAGAGGGCCUUGGCCGCAGCAGCCCUGCCGGCCUUUCCAGCUCCAUCACCCUCCUGUCCCUCUCAGACUGCAACUCCACCAAGUCCCUGCUGCCCUCGGACAGUGACGACGCUCCCCCGUACGACCCCCCCGGCCUCCUGGAGCCCGAGAGCCCCCCUCCGGCUCCCCGCCACAACCCCCUGGUGGAUCUCACGGUCGAGAGCUUCAAGAAGGACCCUCGCCAGUCGCUCACCCCCACCCACGUCAGCGCCGCCCAGGCCGUCAGCCGAGGACACCGCCGCACCCCGUCCGAGGGGGCCCUCCGCCCGGGCCCAGAGGGGGCCCCCGAGUGCCAGGGCUCGCAGGAGGCCCUGCCCUUCCCGCGCCUGCCCGACCCCCCCUCGCUUGCCACUUCUCAGGCCCGCCGCAAGGAGCCGCCUGCUGUGAAGGCCCUGGCGGUGGAGCGGCCACGGACCCUCGCCUUUGCCCCCCGGCCUCGGCCUGCCCCCAGCCGGCGCCGCCUUGACCCUUGGAAGCUCGUCUCGUUUGGGCGGACACAGGGGGCGGCCUCCUCCCCCCGAGAGGCUGCCAGGGGGCAGCUGGGGGUUCGCCAGACACUGCUGGACAUGGACAUGGAAGGGCAGAACCGGGACAGCACCGUGCCCUUGUGUGGGGGGCAGACCUCCGGCUGCAGCCUGGAAACGGACAUUUCGGACUGACACCGCACCUUCCCCAGGCUGGGCUCAGCGCAGGAGCACAGGGCCAAGGGGAUGGAUUUCUGACUCCCCGGAUGCAUUGCCAGAGACAUCAGGCAUGUGCAGGGCUCUGUAUUGAUUGACUCUGGGGCUCCCCACACACGGACGGAUUCCACAUGAAGAUCCUUUCCCAGCAAUGUGGCCACGCAGGCAGCAGCGGGUGCCGGGCCGACAAGGUGUCUGUGCAUCUGUCAUGUGAGUGCAUGUGCCUGGGGGCGUGUGUGCCGCAGGGAGUCCCUGCCAGCUCCUCACGGCACGUGUCUGGUCCAAGCAGCUGUGGUUUCGACUGUUGUUUUAUUUUAUUUUUAAAAGGUACGUGUGUCAGAAGAGUCA